GAGGAGAAGGCCGCGGCGGAGGCAGGUGAGAGGAGGAAGGAAGCGACGCCGCGGCGGGCACAGCAGCUCAGGCGGCGGCCCGGUUCCUGGGAGUGUCGGUGCGGCGUGGUGGUUGGGGCGGAUCCCGCGGGGCCCGGGCGGGGGAAGGAGUCACCGGCCCGGCCAUGGCGGACAACGAGAAACUGGACAACCAACGGCUCAAGAAUUUCAAGAACAAAGGCCGCGACUUGGAGACUAUGAGAAGACAACGAAAUGAAGUUGUAGUUGAAUUAAGGAAGAAUAAAAGAGAUGAACAUCUCUUAAAGAGAAGGAAUGUACCACAUGAAGAUAUCUGUGAAGACUCUGACAUAGAUGGUGAUUAUAGAGUGCAAAAUACCUCUCUAGAAGCUAUUGUUCAAAAUGCUUCAAGUGAUAACCAAGGAAUUCAGUUAAGUGCAGUUCAAGCUGCUAGGAAGCUUUUGUCCAGUGAUCGAAAUCCACCAAUUGAUGACUUAAUAAAAUCUGGAAUAUUGCCUAUUUUAGUCCAUUGUCUUGAAAGAGAUGACAAUCCUUCUUUACAGUUUGAAGCUGCAUGGGCUUUGACAAACAUUGCGUCUGGAACCUCUGAACAAACUCAAGCAGUAGUUCAGUCCAAUGCUGUUCCACUUUUCCUGAGGCUUCUCCAUUCACCCCAUCAAAAUGUCUGUGAGCAAGCAGUGUGGGCAUUGGGAAAUAUCAUAGGUGAUGGGCCACAGUGUAGAGAUUAUGUCAUAAGUCUUGGAGUUGUGAAACCUUUACUUUCCUUCAUAAGUCCAUCUAUUCCUAUAACAUUCCUAAGAAAUGUUACUUGGGUUAUGGUCAACUUAUGUCGCCACAAAGACCCACCACCCCCAAUGGAAACCAUUCAGGAGAUUCUUCCAGCUCUUUGUGUUUUAAUUCAUCACACAGACGUAAAUAUAUUGGUAGAUACGGUCUGGGCCCUCUCUUACCUUACUGAUGCUGGCAACGAACAGAUACAGAUGGUAAUAGACUCUGGAAUAGUCCCUCAUUUGGUUCCUCUGCUCAGCCACCAGGAAGUUAAGGUUCAGACAGCAGCACUUCGAGCUGUGGGCAACAUUGUUACUGGAACUGAUGAGCAAACACAAGUAGUUUUGAACUGUGAUGCUCUUUCACACUUCCCCGCACUUCUGACACAUCCCAAAGAGAAAAUUAAUAAAGAAGCAGUGUGGUUCCUCUCUAACAUCACCGCAGGAAAUCAGCAGCAGGUUCAGGCAGUAAUUGAUGCCAAUCUUGUACCAAUGAUAAUACACCUUUUGGAUAAGGGAGAUUUUGGCACUCAGAAAGAAGCUGCAUGGGCCAUAAGUAACUUAACAAUUAGCGGAAGGAAAGAUCAAGUGGCCUACCUAAUCCAACAAAAUGUUAUCCCACCUUUUUGCAAUUUGCUGACUGUAAAAGAUGCACAAGUUGUGCAAGUAGUACUCGAUGGACUAAGUAAUAUAUUAAAAAUGGCUGAAGAUGAGGCAGAAACCAUAGCCAAUCUUAUAGAAGAAUGUGGAGGACUGGAGAAAAUUGAACAACUUCAAAAUCAUGAAAAUGAAGACAUCUACAAAUUGGCCUAUGAGAUCAUUGAUCAGUUCUUCUCUUCAGAUGAUAUUGAUGAAGAUCCUAGUCUUGUUCCAGAGGCAAUACAAGGUGGAACAUUUGGUUUCAAUUCAUCUGCCAAUGUACCAACAGAAGGGUUCCAGUUUUAGAAAGAUGUUGUGGAAGUUAGCAACCCUAAGAAAGCAAUACAGAAGGUGUGGAAGGAAAUGAAAGCAUACAGCCUGGCAUGAAGAGCACCUGCUUUGGGAUUAGAGAACCGCGCUGCCUAGCCCUGAGGGAGCUAUUUCAACUUGCUGGCGUUUAAUUCCCUCCUCUGUAAAAUUAGGAUAAAAAUAGAGACACUGUUUUUUUAUACUUCAUUUAAAAGUUUAAAAAAUAGUAACAUUUAUAGAAUGGUUGUGAGGAUUGAGAUAAUGAAUUACUUAGUACAGUGCCUGGUUCAUAGUAAAUGAUUAAUAAAGGUUAGCCAUUGUAAUUAAGGUUAUUGCAUAUGUGAGAUGACAAUCUCUUCCUCUUUCGAAUGCUGUCUCUAAAACUUGCUUGGUGUUUACUCAUAUAUUGCUAGAAAAAUCUCAAAAAUGAGACAGGCUACGAGAAAAAUCACACCAUAUGCUUCUGUCUCCAAAUCUGCCUAAAUGUUAAAAAAAAGGGGUGAAUUCUGGUUAUUAUGAAUGUUAGGAGCAUCCUCAAAAAGGAAAGAAAAGGCACUAUAUAUUAUCAUCCACAUAAACUAUUUCAGGGCCUUAUCGCACACGUGUAUUCAGCAUUUGCCCCCUGAAUAUACAGGAUGACAUGUACAUUGUCAUGUGCCAAGUAAGAGGGACUUGGUAACUAGAAAGACCUUAAUCUUUCUCCUUUAAAAGAGUAUGGGACAGUGUCUCAGCAGAGGAUUUAAACAACACAGGUGUUUUAUUCCCCUGGCUCCAAAACUUAAAAGUUGAAUGUUUCUUUCUUUCUUUUUUUUAUUGAAGCGUAGUUGAUUGACAAUGCUGUGCCCAUCUCUGCUGUACAGCAAAGUGACUCAGUUAUAUACAUAUAGACAUUCUUUUUUAGUAUUCGUUUCUAUUGUGGUUUAUCCCAGGAUAUUGAAUGUAGUCCCCUGUGCUAUUCAUUAGGACCUUGUUGUUUAUCCAUUCUAAAUGCAAUAGUUUGUAUCUGCUAAUCCCAAACUCCCAGUCCAUCCCUCUCCCUCUCCCCUCCCCCUUGGCAACUACAAAUCUGUUCUCUGUGUCUAUGAGUCUGUUUCUGUUUUGUAGAUAGGUUCAUUUGUGCCAUAUUUUAGAUUCCACAUAUAGGUGAUAUCGUAUGGUAUUUGUCUUUCUCUUUCUGACUUACUUCACUUAGUAUGAUAAUCUUUAGUUGCAUCCAUGUUGCUGAAAAUGGCAUUAUUUCAUUCUUUUUAUGGCUGAGUAGUGUUCCAUUGUAUAUAUGUACCACAUCUUCUUUAUCCAUUCAUCUGUCAAUGGACAUUUAUUUCCACGUUUUGGCUAUUGUAAAUAGUGCUGCUAUGAACAUAGGGGUGCAUGUAUCUUUUUGAAUUAUAGUUUUGUCCAGGUAUAUUCCCAGGAGUGGGAUUGCUGGGUCAUAUGGUAAUUCUAUUUUUAGUUUUCUGAGGAACCUCCAUACUGUUCUCCAUAGUGGCUGUACCAACUUACAUUCCCACCAACAGUGUAGGAGGGUUCCCUUUUCUCCACACCCUCUCCAGCAUUUAUUGUUUUUUUAAUUAUUUAUUAAUUUUGGCUGCGUUGGGUCUUCAUUGUUGUGCGUGGGCUUUCUCUAGUUGCAGUGAGCAGGGGCCACUCAUCGUUGCGGUGCGCAGGCUUCUCAUUGUGGUGACCUCCCCUGUUGGGAAGCAUGGGCUCUAGGGUGCGCGGGCUUCAGUAGUUGUGGCUCGCGGGCUCUAGAGAGCAGGCUCAGUAGUUGUGGCGCACGGGCUUAGUUGCUCUGCGGCAUGUGGCAUCUUCCCGGACCAGGGCUCGAACCCGUGUCCCCUGCAUUGGCAGGCUGAUUCCUAACCACUGCACCACCAGAGAAGUCCCAGCAUUUAUUGUUUGUAGACUUUUUAAUGAUGGUCAUUCUGACUGGGAUGAGGUGAUACCUCAUUGUAGUUUUGAUUUGCAUUUCUCUAAUAAUUAGCGAUGUUGAGCAUCUUUUCAUGUGCCUACUGGCCAUCUGUAUGUCUUCUUUGAAGAAAUGUCUAUUAAGGUCUUCUGCCCAUUUUUCAGUUGGGUGUUUUUUGUUGUUGUUGAGUUGUAUGAGUUGUUUGUAUAUUUUAGAUAUUAAGCCCUUGUCAGUUGCAUCAUUUGCAAAUAUUCUUUUCCAUUCCGUAGGUUGUCUUUUCGUUUUGUUUUCCUUUGCUGUGCAAAAUCUUGUAAGUUUGAUUAGGUUCCAUUUGCCUAUUUUUGUUUCUAUUUCUAUUGCCUUGGGAGACUGACCUAAGAAAACAUUGGUACGAUUUAUGUCACAGAAUGUUUUGCCUAUGCUCUCUUCUAGGAGUUUUAUGAUAUCAUGUCUCAUGUUUAAGUCUUUAAGCCAUUUUGAGUUUAUUUUUGUGCAUGGCGUGAGGGUGUGUUCUAACUGAACGAAUGUUUCUUGAUUUUUCAACUGUGAUGCCAACCAGGCUUAGGAAUAUAUUAGCCACUCUCAGACUUGUCUUUCUUGCUGCAAAUCCAACCAUUCUAAAUAGAGGAGAUAGAGACCAUAACCUGAAAAUGUGGUGUAGUACAGAUAUGACCAAUGAGGAUCUAAUUUUGAGGUGGGCAGACACUCUGAUUUGUAUCUACUAUAGAAACCUCUCUAUGGACCUCAAAACAGGUGAAGGUCACCUAUGUGCAGCUCCAGCUACCAGGUCACCAGUCACAGCAGUCUGGGGAAUUCCACACUUCAGAUCUAGACUCCUUGUCCCAGUUUGCUGUACAAUCACUCUAGACUACAGUUUAUCUGAUAUUAUCAUUUAAAAGUACUAUAUCUGAGUGUUAGCUCACUUAGAAAAGCAACUUGAGUACAGGACCUAUGUUUUUGUAUCUUUCAUGUUGUGCAUUUAUUAGGCAAAAACCAAAUAUUGGUUUGAUGAAAUAGAUUAGAGAAUUAAAUGACUGUAUCAAAAUUAAAAUUCUGUGAAUGACAUAUAAGAAAAAAUUCUUGAAAUUCAAAAUGUUUGGAUAAUUAAAAUAAAUGUGAUGAUGGCAUAACAGUUACACAGAAUGUUCUAGAAAAUUGAAUAUUAAGUGCCUAAAUUAAGAGAUCUCCAAAUUUAUUUAAGGUUAAAGCCACCCAUAAAACUGAACAUUUAAAAAAACUUGUGGCAUAUGAUCCAACAAAUUCCACUUCUGGUAUUUAUUUGAAGGAAACAAAAAAACUACCUUGAAAAGGUAUCUGCACCCCCUUGUUCAUUGCAGGAUUAUUUACAAUAGCCAAGACAUGAAAGGAACCUAAGAGUUGAUUGAUGGAUAAAUGGAUAAAGAAGUCGUGAUAUGUAUAAAAAGAAGGAAAUCUUGCCAUUUGUGAUGACAUGGAUGGACCUUAACAGCAUUACGCUAAGUGACAGAGAAAGACAAAUACUGAAAGAUCUGUUAUAUGUGGAAUCUACCCCCCUGCCAAAAAAAACGCACAAAACUCAUUGAUACAGAGAACAGAUUUGUGGUUGCCAGAGGCAAUGGCGUGGGGAGUGGUUGAAAUGGGUGAAGGUUUCAAAAGGUACAAACUUCCAGUUAUAAAAUAAGCAAGUCACUGGGGCUGUAAUGUACAGCAUGAUGACUAUAGUUAAUGAUUCUGUAUUAUAUAUUUGAAAGUUGUUAAAAGAGUAGAUCUUAAAAGUUCUAAACACAAGAAAAAAAUUGUAACUGUGGCGAUGGAUGUUAACUAGACUUAUUGUGGUGAUCAUUUUGCAAUAUAUACAAAUAUCAAAUCAUUUUGUUGUACACCUGAAACACAUAUGUUAUGUGUCAAUUAUAUCUUAAUUAAAAAAACAGUUAGUGGCUCCCCACUCAAAAAAAAGUUAGCAGCGGACUUCCCUGGUGGCGCAGUGGUUAAGAAUCCACCUGCCAAUGCAGGGGACAUUGGUCCAGGAAGAUCCCACAUGCCGCGGAGCAACUAAGCACCACAACUACUGAGCCUGCUCUCUAGAGCCUGCGAGCCACAACUACCGAGCCCAUGUCUGCAACUACUGAAGCCCGCAACUACUGAAGCCCGCAUGCCUACAGCCCGUGCUCUGCAACGAGAGAAGCCACCACAACGAGAAGCCCGCGCACCACAAUCAAGAGUAGCCCCCGAGCCCCCGCUCACCACAACUAGAGAAAGCCCGUGCGCAGAAACGAAGACCCAACGCAGCCAAAAAAAAAAAAAAAAAGCAGCAUUUGAAAUAAAAUGAUUCUUAAUGAUAGACAAUAAGUGAAAGGGAAACUAGUUAGGAGGUAAACUACUGUUGAACAGAAGACAUCCUUUUAGUUUUCCAAGCUGCAUUCAGAGAUACAGCUGAAAA